GCAGAGGGAGAGGAGGCAGAGGGAGGGGUAAAAGUACUGGGUACACUUUUCAGUAGUGGUUGGGUAUGGACAAUCCUGGGGUUCAAACUCAAACCCAAAUGCCUCCUGCAAAUCACAUCCCCAACACUGAAUUACACACACCCCCAGUUCAUGUGGUGAGGAGGAGCCCAAGAAAACAAGGAAAGAAAGCCCCAACCCCUGUUCCAGAAAAUGCUGACCAAUCACCAGUAGCUGAAAUUCAACCCAAUGAUACUGCACACCUAAACCAACCCCCUCUUCCCAAUGACCAUGCUGACAUUCAAACACAAGAAAACCCCAUUGCACCUUCUUUUAAUCAUACUCCAUUCAACCCUACACCUGAAAUAGGGGAGCAAGGAAAUACAUCAGGGUCAACUAGGUCUUCCCAAGCUUUCACUACUAUUAAGAGGAAGAUUCCUCUUACAACAGCUAGGAGGAAAGGGAUAGUAAUAGAGAAUUCAGUCAGUGAGGGGAGCAACAGUCUCAGUCAAGGGGUUGGGAGUAGAAGGAGAAGGGAGGUCACUGUCAGUUUAGGUGAUGACACCCUGAUAGGGUUUGAAGAUGAUGAUGAAGAUGAUUACAUCCCUGAUGAUGAUGUGGGAGUGUUGAUGGAUGAUGAUGAUGAUGAUGAUGAUGAUGAGAGUGUUGAUGAUGAGGAUGAUGAAGAAGAGAUGGAUGGGGCUGUUGCAAUAUAUGACAAUUUUGAUCCUUUCACUGAUGAGGUGUUUGAUGAUGGCAAAGAUGAUGACAAUUAUUUCAUCAACUUAUAUAGGAAUGGUGAGCUUUACAAAGAUGCAGAAUUUGGCAAGAUUGUCCUUAAACCUUUGCUGUUAUUUACUGAUAAGCAACAUGUGAGGGAUGUGGUGAGGGAUUAUUGUAUUCAAAGUGGAUUUUCAGUCAUAGUUGAGAGGGCAACAAAUAGCAGGUACACUGUCAAGUGUAGUGCAAUGGGGUGUGAGUGGAGACUACACUCAUCUCAGUUACCUGAUGGAAUUACAUGGGCAAUUAAGUCCAUAAAAAAUUCUGAACACACUUGUUCUGGGUUAGAUGUGAAUAACCCAAUGGUGAACUGUGCAUGGGCUACAAGGGUGCUGAUGGAAGAUGUGAGGGCCAACAAUGAUAUAUCAGCAAAGUCCCUAAAUGCUAUACUUUUCCAGAGGUAUGGUGUUCAAAUGGCCCAGAGUACACUUUAUAGGGUGAGAACACAUGCUUUAAAUGAGAUUCAUGGGUCUCAUGAUGAAAGCUAUGCCUUACUUCCCAAAUACUGUGAGAUGAUAAAGAGCAGAAACCAAGGAUCUGCUGCUCAUUGUGCAUGGGUUGAGCUAGCAGAACAGCCUGAGAAGCCACUAGUGUUCAAAAGCAUUUUUGUUGCAUUCAAAGGUGUCACAGAUGGUUUGAAAGGGUGUAGGGGAUUGAUAGGUGUUGAUGGUGCACACCUUAAGGGGAAUCAUGGAGGUGUUCUGCUCUCAGCUGUAGCCUUGGAUGGGAACAAUGAGUUGUUCCCAUUUGCUUGGGCAAUUGUAACUGCUGAAGACUCAGACAGCUGGAUGUUCUUUGUCUGGCAUUUGAAAAACCUGUUGCAAGGCUUGGGAAGGGGAGACAGUUGGUGCAUAAUUUCAGAUAGGCAAAAGGGAAUUGAUGUGGCAUUGACUGAGUGUUGGUCAGAAGUUGAUAGGAGGUACUGUUGCAAGCACCUUUGUGCAAAUUGGAAGAAAUCUUUCCCAGGGCCAUUGUUAUUCUCUUUGUUUUGGUUGACUGUUGGGGCAAAUUCAGAAUUCACUUUUAGGAAAGCAAUGGAAAAAAUGCAGAAGGUUAACCCAGCUGGAAGAAUUUGGUUUUCAAAGUUAGGUGAACAAAAGAGGUGGACCAAACACAAAUUCAACCCUGAAUUGAAGUGUGAUGUCAAUAAAUCUAAUUUUGUAGAGAGCUUUAAUGCCACUCUAGGGAUAGACAGAUGCAGGCCUGUCCUUACAUUACUUGAAGGCAUAAGAAGAAACACAAUGGUUAGGAUAGCCACAAGGAGACAAGUAUGUGAGACUUGGGAGAGGCAGGACAUUUGCCCUAACAUUGUCAGAAGGAUUCAACAGCUCUGUCAAGAGAGUAGGACUUGCAUACCAUACAUGUGUGGUGAAGGAGAGUAUGAGGUAAUGGAUGGUAAGUCUACCCUUCUAGUGAGCCUAAACAAACACACUUGUUUGUGUAAUGUCUGGCAGCUAACUGGAAUACCAUGUAAGCAUGGUAUUAGGGCCAUAAUUCAUGCAAGGUUAGACCCCCACUCAUUUGUAAGUGAGUGGUAUUCUGUGAGCAAGUACAGAGAAGCAUAUAGCUCUGGUAUUAGAUCUAUACCAGAUGUAGAACAGUGGCCAGACAUCAACAUGCCAGCAAUUAAGCCACCAACCAUGAAAAGGGCCAUAGGGAGACCAAGUAGGGAGAGAAAAAGGGCUGAUGAUGAAGAUAGGAAGGGCAAAAGGGCUAAGACAAUCAGAUGCAGUAAGUGCAAUGCAUUUGGCCACAAUCAAUUGACUUGCAAAGGAGGGUUGACAGCAAAGCAAAAGAAUAAGCAAAAAAAGCAACAGCACAAAGAGCAGCUUGCAACAACUUCUCAACCACUAACAAGAGGAAGGUCAAGAUCUGUUGGGCCAUUAGCUGCUUCCCAGCCUUUUUGAUUCCCACUCAAGUUCACAUAUAUGUGAUGUUUCUGUUUUAAAGUGAAAACAAUUAGCUUUUAAGUCCUAGUUAUGUGUAUGACAUUAUUACUGUGUUUUUACUUUGUACUUUAGUGGAUAGCAGUUGCACCUUUGCAUCUUCGUCCAUUUUUCAGCCAUUGACACCAAACUGAAGUUUGCAGGAGAGAGAAAGUGUUUGGUGAGAGAGAGAGAGAGAUACAGAGAAAUAGAGAAACAGGGGAUAUGAAUGGGGUUUUAUAAAAGAGGGAAAUAUUUUUUUUGGAGGGAAACUUUGGAGCCAAAAAUAUGGGCAAUUUAACCUCAGUACAUAUAUGUAACCGUAACUUUUAAAAGUUAACGGCCAACUAACGUUUUUGUAACAAUAAGGUUACGUUUGUAACUUUUUAAAAGUUUGAGGCUACCAUUGAGAACUGGAAAAAAAAUUGGCUACCAUUGAGAAAAAGCAAAAACACAAGGCUACCAGUGAGAAUUUCCCUUAAAUAAUUGUAAGACCUAACAAAAAAAAAACGAGUUUAACGUGCUCCCUCACUUAUGAAUUAUAUGACCCAACAUUGGCAUAAUUGUCUAUAUUUAACCAAACAUUUGAUUAAAUGCAUACUAUUAUUGCUUUAUUUCUUUCUUUCUUUUUUUUUUAAUCAUGCAUACUAUAUUACGGAGUACUUUAUUUCUUUCUUUCUUUUUUAAACAUAAACAUGCAUACUAUUAUUACUUUAGUACUACUACGUGAAUAUAUGAUGAUUUUGUAAUCUUCCUUAACCCCACUCCACAUGUGCUGCAUGCUGCUUCCCUUUGAAGUUCCUAACUUCUCUUAUCCCUUCAAUAAUUGAAUUAGUUAGGGAUUAAUCAAUGCAAAGUGGACUCAUCACCAUCAUCUUUAGCUACUCCAAACCUACCUCUACCUUGAUUGGCAAGUAUAAUAACUACUCCGUAACUUAAAAGAUACGGAUUAGUGUAUUAUUAUGUUUGAUUGUAUGUUUUACACAAACGUAAGAAAUAAAGGGUUAAAAACAUUAUGAAAGAAUAAGGGAGAAAAAAUUAUGAGAUUCGUUCUCUUCUCAGUGAAAUAUAUUUCUUUUCUCCCAUGUACCAAGACAAUAAUGAAAAUUAAAUUGCAAUUAUAACUAAUUAUACUAAUACUACAAUGUCCAACUACUUGAAAUUAAAUGGCUGAUUGAUUAGCAUUCCAUUUUGUUGUCCAAUUGGCUUGUUGGUUGAUAUGUCGAAUAAUUCAGUUGUGUUUUGAAAUUUAAUCCAAUCCGCGAGAAUCAAUAGAAAAGACAAAUCCCUUAUGUAACUUAAUUAGGGCGUGGUUGUUUGUUUAAGUAUACGAAUAUAUACGUAGUAUAAUGUUAUUCUAUGAAGUUAUUUUUCCCAUGUAAUAAUCUUAUUUGUUAUUAGGAAGUUUAUAAACUUGUUUGGUUAACCAUUUUCAAGAGAGCUUAUAGGAUAUGAAAAGGCAAAUAACUUCAUAUUGCCCCCUCUCUAUAGUUUAUAAGAGCUUUAGAUACUUAAAUAAUUUGCUUGCAUGUGGUGAUAGAGAAGUGACAUUGCUCAUCCUUUUAAUGGGCUUCUCCAUAUAUCUCCUCCCUAAUCUCCCUUCGAGUGAGUCAACUAAGUCUCCUUUUUUUUUUUU